AUGACAUUGACGCUAUGUAGACUGGAGUUGGGAAUUGUGCUUCCCUCAAUGUUCCUGGCUGUUGAUGGUAGACAGUCGCUGGAGACGAAGCUGCACCUUCUCGGUUGGAUUCAUCGUCUUCAUCAGCACUGCUUGCUUCUGGACAGCUCCCCACAGCAAGACGGACUGCUUCCUUUGGAUCGUUUGGGGAUUUUUUUCAAGUAUUUUGAUGGAAAUAAAAAACAUUUAUGUUCCAAGUAAAACUGGAAGUUUGCAACUUCGAGGGGAAUCUACGGAUACCUCAUUGCACGACUCACAGCUACCAACUCAAUCUUUUUGCAAGAGCUGUUAACGGAAACUCCCGAGCUGUCUGACGUGCGGUGCCGGCCCGUUUGGUUCCGUUGGUUGGAGGUUUGCUCCUAAAGCGCGAAGUUGCUGUCUACGUGGACUGGUGCCGAAAUAGUGCGUGCAGCGGCCAGGACCUCUGCUCGAGCCAAAGACAUGGCGACAAAUGGCACCAAAAGCACGGAGGGACAAGUUGUAACAGAGCUGAACGAGGUAACAACUAACGACAAACCUAAACCGGAGGAGGAGAAAACUGAUAAGAAGAAAAAGGAUAUUCCAGAUAGAGAAACGUGGGGAGGGAAAUUCGAUUUUUUGCUGUCUUGUGUGGGGUAUGCCAUCGGACUCGGCAACGUAUGGAGGUUUCCCUACUUAUGCGGGAAAAACGGCGGAGGGGCCUUCUUGAUACCUUAUUUUCUGACCCUCAUAUUUGCGGGAGUUCCGUUGUUUCUGCUAGAAUGCGCUCUUGGUCAGUACACUUCUAUCGGCGGACUUGGGGUUUGGAAACUAGCUCCAAUGUUCAAAGGUGUUGGUCUCGCUGCAGCAGUCCUGUCCUUCUGGCUCAACAUUUACUACAUUGUCAUCAUUGCUUGGGCUUUGUAUUACCUCUACAACUCUUUCACAACUGACCUUCCAUGGAAAUCUUGUAAUAAUCCAUGGAAUACAGAAAGAUGUUUUACAAAUUACAGCAUUGCAGAUACUACAAACCUCACCAGCGCAGUUCUGGAGUUUUGGGAGCGCAAUGUGCAUGACAUCACUGAUGGCUUGGAAAAGCCUGGCCAGAUCCGUGUGCCACUAGCAAUAACGCUGGCCAUCGCUUGGGUCCUUGUGUACUUCUGUAUCUGGAAAGGUGUUAGCUGGACUGGAAAGGUUGUUUAUUUCUCUGCCACCUACCCCUACAUUAUGUUAUUCAUCUUGUUCAUCCGUGGCGUGACUCUGCCAGGAGCAAGAGAGGGAAUCAUGUUCUAUGUCACACCCGAUUUUGAGAAGCUCAAAGAGUCAGAGGUCUGGCUGGAUGCUGCUACUCAGAUUUUUUUCUCAUAUGGGUUGGGCCUGGGUUCUCUGAUCGCACUUGGCAGCUACAACCCUUUCAAUAACAACGUCUACAGAGAUUCUAUCAUCGUGUGCUGCAUAAACUCCUCCACCAGCAUGUUUGCUGGCUUUGUUAUUUUUUCCAUUGUGGGCUUCAUGGCUCAUGUGACGAAGAGACCAAUAGCUGACGUAGCUGCCUCAGGUCCAGGCUUGGCUUUCCUAGCCUAUCCAGAGGCAGUGACACAGUUACCCAUCUCCCCACUGUGGGCCAUCCUCUUCUUCUCCAUGCUACUGAUGUUGGGAAUUGACAGCCAGUUUUGCACUGUGGAGGGCUUCAUUACUGCCCUUGUGGAUGAAUUUCCAAGAGUUCUGAGGAAAAGGCGUGAGAUCUUCAUCGCAUGCGUGUGCGUGGUGUCCUAUGUCAUCGGCCUGUCCAACAUUACACAGGGUGGCCUCUAUGUCUUCAAGCUCUUUGAUUAUUACUCUGCCAGUGGGAUGUGUCUUCUUUUUCUGGUGUUCUUCGAGUGCAUCUCCAUCUCCUGGUUCUAUGGUGUGAAUAAGUUUUAUGACAACAUCCAGGAAAUGAUAGGAUACAAGCCCUGCAUAUGGUGGAAGCUCUGUUGGGUCGUCUUCACUCCUCUGGUUGUUGGUGGAGUGUUCCUCUUCAGUGCAGUCCAAAUGGUUCCUCUCACCAUGAACAACUACGUGUUUCCAGCAUGGGGGCAGGGUGUGGGCUGGCUCAUGGCCUUGUCCUCCAUGGUCCUCAUUCCUGGCUACAUGGUUUACAUGUUCCUCACCAUGAAGGGAACUUAUAAGGAGCGAAUCCGGAUAAUGCUGCAGCCUCCUCAGGUGGCACGGGCCCAAGAGAAUGGUCCGGAACAGCAGGUACAGCAGCAGGAGGUGCAGCUGCAAGCUACACAGCCCCAACAACAACAACAACAACAACAACAGCAGCAGCAGCAGCAGCAGCAGCAGCCUGAUAAUGCAGGCCCAGACAAAACCGGCAAUGCAGACGCCAACGUCUAAAGCCCUACAACUGAGAGCAAUCAAAGACGAACAAUGCAGAGCACUUCCAUGCUUAUACAAUAAUAGAAUUCAUCUACCUCCAGGGGCCAAUCAUGAUCCAAUUCAAUCUUUAAAAAAAAGAAUUAUGAGUGACAGUGUGACUUUCAUGCUUGUAAAACUUACCAGGCUCAAUGGGGGCUCCGGUAGGUGCUAUAAACAUAAAAUCAAAGUGUAUCAAAAGUAAAUACUGGUAUCCUGACAAAAUAUUCCAUAAUACUCUGUUUGAGUGAAACUGCCACUUACGUGUUAAUACUGUGAGUUAAGUUAAAUCGCAGUGUAUUGUUUAUAAAAUAAUUUGUGUGUCUCAGGAGCACACUGAAGCAGUCUUUGAAUAUCAUUUAGAAAAAUCAAGAAAUUAAAUCAGUUAUUGGGUCAUUUGAAAUGCCUCUCAUUACUAAUCCAAAACAACUGAAGAAUAGCAAACAAGCCCAUGCCUCCACUUUCAAGGAGUUUAUUACGUACGAGUAUAAAGCACAAAGGAAUCCGACCUAGGUGAGCCCUUGGGUGAAUAUCAUUUAGAAAAAUCAAGAAAUUAAAUCAGUUAUUGGGUCAUUUGAAAUGCCUCUCAUUACUAAUCCAAAACAACUGAAGAAUAGCAAACAAGCCCAUGCCUCCACUUUCAAGGAGUUUAUUACGUAUGAGUAUAAAGCACAAAGGAAUCCGACCUAGGUGAGCCCUUGGGUGACCCCUAUCUCUUGAUAUUUUUGUUAGAGAGACUGUUACUAUUUUCACUUUCUGGAAGAAAAAAAAGAAAUGACUUGUAUGUGACUAAACACGUUUUUAGAAUUCUUUUUAGGAUGUUUUGUACAGGUAAUAUUGUGAUCGAGGACCAAAAUCAUAGACAGACUAAAGCAAAAACGUAUCUAUGCCAUGCAGUGUAUGAGUUGCAGAGGACAGGGUACAAAAGUGUGGGACAAGCAAUGGAAUAAAAAGAAAAAACACAACACAGGGUUUAUAGUAUCAGCAUCCACCCAAUGAGCAGUGCCAUCAAACCACUCCUGUUUACACAUAUCUGUGCUUUGUAUCAGGAAUAUGGGCAGAAGGCAACUAACAUCAUUGCAAGCGGGGAAUCCUCUGGGUACAACAUCUCUAGAUCUGUUUGUUCCAGUGUUGCUUGUCAAUGUGUUUCAACACAGGAAACAUUGUAAGAGAAAUGUGAAAUCAGCACACCAUGUGAUCUGGUUAAGUGUUGGAGUUGCAAAAUGUCAUCAAUGAAAGUCACUGAAAAUUAUUUCAACCAAAUUUCAAAGUAUUACCAAAUUCAAAGUAUUAUAAAGCUAAUAUUUAUGAAAAGAGGUUGUAUGCCCAGAGGGAAGGCUUCUGAGGAUUUUUAGUUCAAUGGUUAAGGACCAAACAGUGAUUACCAGAUUG